AUGGAUCACUUUUCGAACGACGCAAUGGUAACUGAGACGAAUGCUGCUCUAGAGCAGUUGAUCAAAAAAGAGAUAGACAGGUGUAGUGAGGCGUUGGCAGUAGCGCACAAUGAGUGGAAACAGACCAAACAGGAGGAAGACGAAGUCUUCGAAGCUGAACAGAUGGCUUUAGAGGAGGAUCACGAGCGGGAAAAAGCGCAUGAACGCUUACACGAAGACGAAUCCAAGCUUCUCAAAGCAUUGCCAACAAACCAACACAUGGCAAUGCUGCAUAAUGCGCUUUUGGUAAAGCAGAAGAAAGAAGCGAUGCUCAUUGAGGAGUGGUUCAACGCAAACAAGAUCGCCAAGAAGAGGCUUCGCGAGGAGAGAGCCCGACGUCUAACAACUCUUAGGGGCACUUAUGAAAGAGAGACCUACACGCUUACAAAGAUGAUCGAACAGCUCCGCCAUAUGGCUGAGGUUGCUGGUAUCUUUGUCGGCGACACUGUCACUGAUACCUCCCGCUCCGCGGUGUCCCCUCGACCAUCUCAAGAUCAAGCCAAAGCCGGCAGAACAUGUAUACUAUCGGACCCCCCCCCCCCGCACAUGAUUAUUCUAUCCACUCUAAUGGACACCACUCAAUGGGUAUAA